GACCACAGCCGCCGGCCGGCGCCCGGCGGCCCGGCAGUGCAUACUUGUUCGUCGCGGUGGCAGGUGGCAUGACGCCCCUGCAAAGUAACUCGCGUUCGCGUGUCCAUUUCUUUUGUUUAUAACACUUGUUGUACACCCGAAAUUGACUAUGACUGCCUAUAAUUCCGGCUAAAGUAUAAGUUCCCGUUAAGAUGCCAACUUGAAAAGUGUUGUGAAAGUGCGUAAAGAACAUACCGGCACCUCCAUUAACAAGUACGAUUCGUAUGCGAAAUUGUCAUAAACUAUGUUCGCAAGGCCCGUGAAGAGAGUGUUGAAUUGAGUUUCGGAUUUAAGACGUACUAGAGUCAAGAAAGCGGCAAAAUGAUGGACUGUCUGUGCCCGACGCCGCGCACUCUAGCCUGUCGCGUGGUUCUGCUCGAUGAGAGAGAACUUCUGCAUGAGAUACAGGAUAACAGCACCGGACAAGCGUUGCUCGACGUGGUGUUUAGACAUCUCGAUCUGCUAGAGACGGCAUACUUCGGUCUCCGGUACGUGGACCAAGACAACCAAACGCACUGGCUCGACGCUGGCAAGCGUCUGCGGCGUCAACUACGCGGCUCGGACUCUCAUACCUUCUACUUCGGAGUCAAGUUCUACGCUUCAGAUCCUUGCAAGUUACUGGAAGAGAUAACUAGGUACCAGUUAUUUCUGCAAUUAAAACAAGAUGUCCUGCGGGGUCGGCUGCCCGUCAACUUUGACCUAGCUGCAGAGCUCGCGGCGUACGUCCUACAGUCGGAGCUCGGUGAUUACGAUCCUCGGCGUCACAUGCCGAGCUACGUGUCGGAGUUCAGGCUGCUGGCGCACCAGACGCCGGAACUGGAAGCGAGGGCGGCUGAUAUUCACAGAACGCUUACAGGUAUAUCACCAGCGCAAGCGGAACUCAGCUACUUGGACAAAGUAAAAUGGCUCGACAUGUACGGAGUCGAUCUCCAUCCGGUCUUGGGCGAAGACAGCGUGGAAUAUUUCCUGGGGCUAGCGCCAAGUGGCCUGUUGCUUCUACGUGGAAAACAUACUGUCGCUACCUAUUACUGGCCGCGCGUAUCGAAACUCUAUUACAAAGGGAGAUAUUUUAUGAUUCGUGUUGCUGACAAAAACAAUGACACUUCGACGUACGGGUUCGAGUCGCCGACGAGGGCGGCGUGCCGGCACUUGUGGCGUUGUUGCUCCGACCACCACACCUUCUUCCGCUUGCAGCAAACCUCGCCGGCUUCGGCUGAUAUAUUUGCGUUGGGUUCAAGACUGAGAAACAGCGGGCGGGGCGCGCGCCCCCGUCCCCCGCCCGCCUUCACCCGCACGCCCUCGCGCCGGCUCGCGCGCCAGCACGCCUACACUUCGCUACAUGACGUGCCAAAGUUAGAAGACUUGAGAAUAAAAGACUGCCCUCCAGAAAUGAAACAACCUACCUCAGUACACCGACCUAAUUCGAUAAGCGGAGAAGGUCCAUGCGAGCCGCCGAUCGGCCCCGGAGGAUCUCCUCGCUCGACCCGCUCGGCGCCCACGCGGCGAGGCCUUUACUCUGCGUCGCCUACCGCCAAUAGGCCUCCGCCAGUGCCCCGACACCGGUCCGCCUCUGUGGACUCGCAGAGCUCCAACGAUUCACGGUCAAAUCGCAAGCACAGGCAUCGCUCCCGUAGGCAGCAGUCGGACGCAGAGAGCGAACUGUCCCGCGGUUCAGGCCGCUCCGGACGAAGACAUCGGCGACACCGCUCCCGACACAAGCACGAGUCGGGCUCGGAAAAGGACGACUCACAACCCGACACUAAGGAGUACGAGCUAGUCGACUCCGAGUCACAAUGGAAGGAGGUAUUAAGGCAAACGUCGGUUGGCGGAGGCGUGCAAGUAGCGAAUGUCCGACGUUCGCAAAUGGAGCCGGAGACUGGAACGCAUCGAUCGUCCCAUAGACCCCGGAGACAUAAAAAGCAUCGGUCACGGUCACGUUCGCCGAAUGAAAAAAAAUGGCUGCCGAGUGAAUUGAAGCAACACCUCGAAUUCUCUUUAGUCGACACUACAGGAAUGACCGAGGAGCAGCUCAAAGAAAUACCGUACACCGUUGUUCAGACCAGCCACGCGCGGCAUACCAAGCUCAGGACGUCAUCAAAACAUAGACAAAACGAUCACGGAUCACUUUCUAGACGAGAGAAGAGUACCUCAUCGCACAAAAGUGAUCACGACAACCACAAUCAAGGUUCUCUCAGAUCGAACUCAAGCAUUCUGAGUACGCAUCGGACCAAUGAGAAACAUGGCAGGCGGGUUUACCCAAGCUUCGACGAAACCGUCGGGAGAACAGGCGACGAUUUCCUCAUGAACAACGGAUAUAAAAGCACAGUGACACCGGCGUUACACAACAACAACCCGUACAGUCCCGUGACAAACAGUAACAGUAACAGUUCGAGUGGCGAACUGAUCUCGGGCAGCGCGCGAGUGUCGCAUGAGCAUACAGACUCUGGGCUGGGUGCUGAUCAGGAUUACGCCUAUUCUUCCGAGAGGUCGAGUGACAGCGCAAAGUGCGGCGCAGGCGGUUCGCAAGUGCCAGUGAGUAGGCAGUGGCGGGCGGGCGGGGUCGCGGGGUACGGCGCGGGCGGCCCGGCGGCGCUGACGCGGCGGCCCCCCGCGGCACCCGGCCGCCGGGUCGUGCCGUCGGGCUCGCAGCGCUCGCUGUUGUCAGUGGCCAGCGACAGCGCCACCGCGCGCCGCCCGCGCGACCUCGCGCCGCGCUGCUACUACCCGGGUCCCGCGGACUCUGGCUUUUCCCUUUUCAGACAUGCUAGCAACAACAACAUAAUGGUCGGCGAGAGCGGGUCGCUGGCGCGGCGAUACGCGCGACCGACGCGGGAGUCGCGCGACUACAACUCGAACGUGGCGCGAACGCACGCGCGACUGCACCCAUCGCACGCGCGACACGACAACACCCUCGACAUUAUUCUAAAACCUCUCAUAGAAAGCACGCAGUUACAGAGCAAUUGAAUUCAGUGGCAGCCCCUUCCAGUAGCGCGGAUUCAAUGUUUCACGCGUCUAGUAACGACAAACCUCCGGGGCCCGCCGAGAUGAGCACCGAGCUAUAAUACAAGCUAUUCUUCCAGCAAAUUGCUCUCGACGUUAACCGCCUUAAUAAAGUUACUAUCUCUUUACACGACACCGCUUACUAAAAGUAAAACACAUGUGAAAAGUUUACAUUAUUACUUUUACGUAGGUAAAGAUCGUAAUUUUAUUGUCAAACUCACAAACUGUAUUCACAAUAUACAUAAUGUCCUACUGCUAAUAACAGUUAAUAAAAAUUGUAUAUUAUGUAAAUAAUCGGUUUAUAAUUGCUAUGUUAAGUAAACUGUCUGUCUUAUAAACGUUCCAAACACAUUUUGUACAAAAAAAAACAAUAGCUAAGUAUUCGUUAUCAAAAGAGAGAGCCAUUAAGGUCACCAAAUUACCGUCAUAAAUAUUAUAUGAGCUUUGUGUUUUUCUUUUAUCAAAUGUUUUUCGAAUAGGCGAUGAAGCCGCGAGCUUACAUCCAGACAUUAAACUUUUUAAAAGAAAUGCGAAGUAAUUUCUCUUUCUCUGAAUAGCUUCGACUAAUCUUUUGUUAUAAAAAUUGUAUUUUUUGUUUACAAAAUAACGGCUGUGUAAACAUCGCUUUGUUUCGGAUGAUCUCUGUUUGCGGAGAUCUUUUUAAUUUAACGUUAUUGAAGUUGUUAUGAAAAAGGUAAUAUUUAUAGGACGAGCCUGCGAGAGUCAGAUAUACCUCGUUUAAUAAAGGUUGAAAGUUUGUCAACUUGAUCCUACCUGGUAUGUAUUAUUGCCUUUGGAAGGUAGUUUAAGGGUUAAGUUUUAGGUUUUAAGGGUCCAGACUCCAGAUCAAAAAAUACGUUUAUUUCGUAAUAAUUAAAUUCGUAAUUUUUUAUUGCUAUACUUGAAAAAAUUGCCAAGUAUAGAAUGACAUUUUUUAUUAAUAUACUUGAACAGUUAGAAAAUCAUAAAACGUAUUUUUUUGAUAAUUUCUACCGUCUAUCAUAAAUUCAUGUCCCCAGUCGCCAGACAUUUACGAGUAGCCCACAGCCCAAACUCCGUAAUAGGCUACUUGACACUUUUUUAAAUUGACAUUUAGUACAUCAAGUAACAUUAAGGUGGCACAAAAUAGACGACAGCGUUUUUGGCUUUUGGAAAAUUUGAAAAAAACAUGAUUUUUAGAUUAAGUUUUUUAUGAAAUCCUUAAGUUUUAUUAAUUAAUAUCGAAUAUCUUUCGGACUCUUAUUCCAUGUACUAUGUGAAAUUAAUACUGUUUAUAUUAAAUUUGAUAUGAGUCAAAGACCCUUCGGCUACUUAACCUAUACUAGGAGCAUAGGCUAUAACAAAGUAUCAGCUUUUAUAAAAUGUGGUAUGUCUGACUGUAGCAGGCUAUCAGUACAUUAAACUCAGUUGGUGAUGGUGUGCGUUACCAAGUAUCGAAUUUCAAUAAGCAGCAGGAACUGUGUAAUACAAUAUCUUCAUAUUAUGGAUUUAUUUAUCUUACUUGAUGACGGGUAUUACUAGCUGAUAUAUUUUCCUUAACUAUUAAUGUAUCGUAUUGUAAUAUCUUAAGUUAGUGUGUAUUAUGUAUAUAAAAUUGUUAUGUAGUUUAGGUUUUAAACAACGUCAAAAUACUCAUUGUACAUGACAUAAUUAAUAUUCUCGUGAAAUAAAAUAUAUAAUAUUUAA